GAAUAGAAGGAAAGUGACUAGUCAGAUAGGAAAUUAAAGAAGGAAAUACUUUUUUUCAAUAGCCUAGUGAGCAGUAUAAAUUACUGGUUACAUUAUGGCUGUGCCUGGUAAAAACGCAUCUCAGGAACUGUCAACUACACUAUCUAAAGGUGGUGCUGAAGAUUUUGACAUAUUUUGUGAAAUAUGUGACAGAGAUGACAUCAGACUACCUGCCUUUGGUUACUGUGUGGAUUGCGAGGAACAUUUAUGUCAAACUUGCUUUAGCACUCACAGACGACCAAGACCACUACGCCAUCACCAACUUCUAGAUAAAGAUCACAUGCCACAUAAACAAAACCUCCGUAGGUCAUUAAAACCUACUUCCAGUGGAAAGACAGCUGAUUUGACAAAGUCUUGUCCUAAACAUACAAAUGAAAUUAUCAAGUUCUACUGUCAUGACCAUAAUACACUUAUAUGUAGCGUUUGUGUGACCCUUGAACACACACCAACAUCCUGCCAUGUGGACUACAUACCUGAUAUAUCAGGACAGACUUUAGACAGCAUGGAGUUCAAAGAAACUCUAAAAGAUAUUGACAAACUGACAGACAAAUGCUGCCAGAUUACAAAAGAUCUGAAACAAAGAGUUGCUAAAUCAACAACUUCUCUGAAAGAUGCUAUAGUAGAAAUAGAAAACUUUAGAAGAGAGAUGAACAAAAGAUUAGAUGAACUAGAAAAGGAAAUUAAAGAUAUUGUAACAAAAAUCCAACAUGACAACGACAAAAAGUUGAAAACAACAGAAACAACAUGUGAUGACGUCAAAAAAUCACUCCAAGCAUCAACUGAUACUCUUAAACAUCUCAACAGCAACAACAAGAAAACUGACCAACUGUUUACUGAAUUGAAAAUAGCUCAGCAACUUAUAUUACACAAUGAAAAUAUAACAAAACAACUACCAACAACUAAUGAUGUUGAUGAAUACACUUUUGAAUCCAAUCAAGCAAUCAAAAAACUCAUUCAGAAUGAGAAAUCAUUAGGAACAUUGAUAAAAAAGGAACUAAAGAAACCAGCUCAACCAAAGAAUAAAGCUGCAUUACCAGUGAAAAUGUCUACCUCUAGAAACAUCAAUGUUAAAACAGCCUCAGAUAAAGAGGAUUGCUGGAUUACUGGUAUUACUGUCUCUCCUCAGAACCAAUUAUUUGUUGCAGAUUUCAAUAAUAACUCAAUUAAAAUGCUAGACAUAGAAAGUGGAACAAUUAAACAACUACUGCUCGAAUCAAACCCCUUGGAUAUCACCAUGGUGACCAGAGAUACACUUGCUGUUACAUUACAAGACAUUCAAACAAUACAGUUCAUUUCCUUCUCCUCAAACUCUCUCUCAUUGAAAAACAAACUGAUAGUAAAUGGAGAGUGCCAUGGAAUAAGCCAUCAUCAGGGGAAACUUGCAGUUACAUUUAUAAAUCCUGCUAAACUCCAAAUCAUGGACUUGAAAGGUAAUAUCAAAAUUACAGUUGAGAAAGAUUCCAAUGGUGACAGUAUUUUCAAUUACCCAUUGUAUGUAACCACAAACAGCCAUUCAAUCUAUGUAUCUAAUACCGCCGAGAAUGAAAUUUUAAGGUUUAACUGGCAGGGAGAGAUGAUAGGAAGAUAUGUAACCACUGGAAGACCACACGGUAUUUCACUGUUAGAUGACGGGUCCAUCUUUGUGAGUGAUAACAGGGCUGAAUGUAUAUAUAAAGUAAGUGGUGACUGUAAAGACAGGACAACUAUACUUGAGAAUGUAUAUUACCCUCAAGCUGUAUUUUGGUGUGCUGAAACCAGUACACUUUACAUAAGUAAUACAACAACAAUAUUAUCAAAAUAUAUAAAAUGAUGUAGAACCAAGAAAUGGUUAUCUAUGCUUACAUAACAAAAAAAUAAACAAAAUUGUAAAAUACUAAUAGUUUUAAUACACCAAAUUUAAAUUCCAUACUCCAUUGAAAUAUCUAUUAUACAAUGCAUAUUGAAAUAUCUAUUAUAUAAUGCAGUAUUUUUUCUCACUUUAGUAAACUGUUUCACACAAAUAAACAAGAUUUAAUUUUAUUACAUGCUUUCGGUGGUUUAUAGAAAUAUAUGAGUGAUAUAAAACUGGUAAUUUCACUGUUUGAAACAGUGAAAUUACCACUUUGAUAAUUUCACUGUUUUGAAUUUAAGCCCCUUACGUUGUUUCACUGAAAUACCAGCAUGCACAGUACUGGAUACCAACUUAAUGACGUGACGUCGCAAAUGACGUCACGUUCUAUUAUUAUUUGGCGCGCUUUUCAUUCAGUAUUAGGUUUAAUGUCUUUUUAAAUCUUUUUUUGCAUGUAAUAAAAAGAAAAUUUGUUUAGUUUAGUGUAAGAUUGAAAUAUAUUUCACCUUGUGAACACCAAAAGGUCAUAUUUCACUCGUGGCUGCGCCACUCGUGAAAUAUACCUUUUGGUGCUCACUCGGUGAAAUAUAUAUUCCGAUCUUACACUGAACUAAACAAAUAUCCUCUAUAUAUCAAUAAUGAAAUUCAUGUACACUGUACUAUGUUUAUAUAAAGCACUUUAGAUAACACCAUAAUUAUCACUGUAGUGAAUCAUUGUACAUUUACAUUCAAUCAUUCAAGAGUCACAUUCAUUAUUUAAGAAUGAUGUGUAUUAUCUUGUUUAUGUUGUAAGUUGUUAUUGUUCAGUGAACUGUCUUAUGUUUUGUCAAGUAUUGCCAAGUGUUUUCAAGGGUUGUCAAGUAUUGUCUUGUAUGUUUUGGGCCAGAACAUUAAUUUGAAUGAGAGAGAUAAUUAUCAUUAUUUGACAUUGAUGUUUGAUUUUUCUUAUCUAAGGUAGUCAGAGUUAAAACAUAUUUUGUGUUUAAAUCUCAUGUUCGUUAUAGAACAAUCUACUGAUUAAUUCUUUGCUGAAUGUAAUUCAUUUAUUUAAGGUAGAACACCCCUAAUGCACUAUCUCCACUUUGAAGAGUAUUCAAAUAGGCUAGAAUCACUGUCAAGUGUAUAGAAACUGAGGGGGCGUGGGUUCAAACCCCAGAAGGGGCAACUUUUUUUUUCUCUUUUUUUUUCUUUUUAACAUUUUUUAUGAAUCUCUCAGAUCCCUAAUGGAAGAAAAAAGUGUUUAAUUUUAAUUAUAUAAUUAUUGUAGGUAUUUUUUUGCUAAAUAAUGCCCAUUUUAAUAGCAAAUAUGAUACCAGAUAUUUUCCAAGCUUAAUAAAAAUGAAAACUACACGGUAAAAGUAUUUUAUAUUUUGCAAGACCAACCAAUAUACAUUUAAGAAAAUUUAGGCAAACUUUGAAAAUAGCCCCUCAUUGUGGUAAAUUUCAAGGAUAUUUUGAUUAAGGCUUUUUACAUAGGGAAAUGGUCAAAUAAGUGUUUAAAGUGGGUGGGGUAGGGUUACAUUUUUAUACAUAUCAAAAAUGUUUCGUUUAGAAACAAUCAAUUUGCUCAUUUAAUUUGUUACCUGAAUGUCAUUUAUUGUUUCUUAACAAUGAGCAAUAGGAAAACAUUUUUCAUAAUGAUGAUAUUAUAAUUUAUUUAGAGUUCCCUCAUUUCUGAAAAAGGCUCUUCUAAUGGCAAAGUUUUAGUUCAUAAAAAUGUCCAUAACUCAUAAACCACACGGUAAAUUUUGUUUAAAUUUUGCAUACAGGUGAGAUUUAAGGCAUAUAACUGUCCUAUGUUGUCAAUUUUACAGUUCCUUAUAGUGCCCAUUAGGGUUGUUCUACCUUAAUUUAGUUCUUUUACUGAACAUAUUUUUUUUAAACUUGUUUGAGAAGUUCAGCCAGUUGCACCUUGUAGGAUAUUUUGUUACUUUCAAAAGAGAUACUUAAAAUGAAUUUACCUUGAAUUGUUUUGAAUUUGAAAUUUUAAGAUAUUUUAUCUUGUGGUUUAUGUAAU